AUGACAGCCAUCCAAGUUGACUUAGGUUCUUUYAAGCGUAUUGUGGGAAUUGUUGCCCUGGGACAAAACAGUAAUUACGAAGYAGAUGAACCUGACACCAACCUUUGGGCACAAUUUGUCUCUCACUACACAGUGGAAUUCAGCCCUGAUGGAAGAAUAUGGACCGAGAUUCUAGAUCAGCAAGGAAAACCUASGGUUACUUUGAUUUUUAAUGUUUCUCAUUUUAAGGUWACUCAACACUACGAGCUCUUUGCYRUAGCAAUCAAUAGAGAAAAAGGACUUCCUAGAGCACACCUGCAGACUUUGGAUCCCAAUAUACACGCACGGUAUGUUCGCUUAAACUUCCAAGCUUAUAUCAGGACUGCCUGUGUACGGAUGUUUGACGUCUUUGGCUGCGAAUCAGAAAUUGCAAAGGAUAACGUUCAAAGAGUAGAAGAGCCAAAGAAAAAACUCCAAGAAGACCAAUGUAGCUACAUGAACCCACUUGGAAUGGAGUCUGGCGAAAUAAAAGACCAUCAGAUCGAAGCGUCCUCGUAUCGAGGAGAUUAUUAUCCAUACCARGCAAGGUGGAGRCAACAUCCUCAAUAUGAYAAACGCAUUUGGUGUGUCGAUCAAGACCCCAUGGUUGGUGACCGAGCUCCUUGGAUAAGAGUUCGCUUGUCUUCCUGGACAAAGUACGUCACCUUUAUUCGAUACAAAGCUAAUAUCAAAGGUUAUCAUAUGCACAUAGAAUUGAGUAUGGACGGUGUUCAGUGGAGACUUUACAAG